ACCUCCAUCAGCACCAAGUAACCUCCCCUCACUUCCCUCCUCCCCACGUGACCUCCCCUCACUUUGUACCCCAGACCCAGCACCAGCUUUGCAACCCAAACCAUGGUCAAGGUUUAGAUAAUCCAAAUUGGAGCAGAUCUGAACCAGAUUCAGAACUUUCCUACUGCUCAAGAGCUACAGUUACUCCCACCAGAACCAGACCACCGCCCACCUCCAGAACCAGAACCACUUCAGUAACCAUGUGGCUCACCACAGAGAUGAACCGGAGAACACAUGCAGACAUCCCUAUAACACUCACACACUCGUUGCCAGUGGGCUGUACGGACAGGGAGACACCCCUGGUCCAGUUCAGGACACCUGGAGGCCUCUGGGGCCCACUCUGUCCCAGCUGCAGUGCUCUUCACUGGGCUCCAUGUCUGGAGAAGUCGCCCUGGGGAGAUGGAGUUCUGUGGAGUUCAGCUCAUCGUCUGUUGAAGACUUCUCCAGCAGCCAGUAUUUCCACGACAGCUGCCACGAUAACAACGCCACCCAGCCAUUUUGUAGCCCCACGACCCCUGGUCCGAGUCCUCACUACCCACAAACCCCAACAAUCUCCAGCCCGGAUCCUCAAAUGCAUCCCAGGGAAGAGCGACCGGAUCUUCACACACAAACGUCCAGACAGCUGAACACAAAGGAGGCCCUCAGCUGCUGUCUGCAAGAGUUUGACAGCUACCCUAUGAUGUCUGACCCGGGUCAGCACCACCCGCAUCAGACCGGCAGACACCUCCUCCAGGCCCAAAGAGAGCUGAUCCAGGACCAGACGGACCUCCUCAACACCACCGGGAGCGCUGAGAACGUUUUCUCUCCACAGGGAAGAGGCCAGGAUGUCAGCAGCGCUGCCCAGUCUCCAGGCCUCCCUGCUGGGCUGAGCUGGAGGGAGGAGUGUGGAGGAGGAGGAGGAAGAGGAGGAGGAGGAGGAAGAGGAGGAAGAGGAGGACGAGGAGGCGUAGGAGGACGAGGACGAGGAAGAAGAGGAGGAGGAGGAGGAGGAGGAGAUACUCAACCAGACUGGACCUGGAUUAAACGUCUGCAGCCUGAAAGCAGCGCUGAGAGUCAAGAGUGCAGGCUGCUGUGUAUGGUGUGUAAGCGGGAUUUCAGGAGUCUGCCAGCGCUGAACGGACACAUGCGCUCCCACAGCGGCUCCAGAUCGGCUACAUGGUUGAAAAAGGGUGAGGACCCUUCCCCAGUGAUGGUGUUGCCUGUCUCCGUCCCCGUCCAACCCAAAGGCCCGGCCAAGGCGUGUAAAGGGGCGCAGAGGCGAAGCAGUCGCCUCUCUCCAGCCACCGGGGGCGCUGUGCUCUACCGCAGCCUGUUACGCCAAGAAGAAGAGGAAGGGACUGCUAAGGGAGAUGGGGCCGAGAGCAGAGCGGGUGAUGGUGAGGAAGCUGCUGCCGGGGGUGAUGGUGUCGGUGGUGUGCACUACACCCCUCCGCCCAUGCUGUGUCCCUUCAGGGCGGGGCCAGGGUUGUACUGCUCCCUCACCACCAGGAGGCAGCAGAGAGUGCAGACCGUAAAGCUUCACAACACACACAAUGAUCUGGUUGCCAUGGAGACAGCCUCUCCUCCUCCUGGAAUCAUUAAGCCGCAGAUCAAUAAAGGGCGGAGCUUCCAGGCUGAAAUCCCACCUCUGCUGGACCAAAAACAUGCCAGCUCCGAUUCCCACAAUGCCGUGCUGCUGUGGACGCCGUGGGAAGAGCUGGAGCGUCCUGUCAAUCAGCUGAGAGUUGAAGCUCUGUUGAUGAUGGCUCGCUCCAGCGUGGUGCCAGGGGGCGGGGCCAGCCCAGAGUCGGCCCUCCACGUCCUGUCAGAGUGCAGAGGAGACUUCCUGCUGACGGUGGAGAAGCUGCUGUCAGCUCCUGAAACAUCCAACAACCACCACACAGCUCAACAGUAUCCAAGUGCCAGGUGGAGCGAAGCGGAGAGGGGGUCGCUGGUUAAAUCCCUGCAGCUCCAUCAUAAAGACUUCAGCAGAGUCCAGAGUGCCGUUCAGACGAAGUCCCUGUCUCAGUGUGUGGAGUUUUAUUAUCUGUGGAAGAAGAAGCUCAGCCUGAGCACAAGGACCGCGGCUGGGCUGACCGUCAAUCUGCCCGACACAAACGGUCAGAAGUCAUCAAAAUCCCAUGAUGCAUCAUGAAGCCCUGGACUGCCGACUGCUGGAGCUACACACUACUUGUAGACACACACAGACGCACAAAAACACAAAAAUUAAUGUAAAUUCCGUUUUUAAGGCUUAAACUGUAAAAGCUGUGAGGCGUUCAGUGAAAGGGUUAUGGGUUUAAAUCCUCCCGGAAGUUCACUCAAAUAAUGCUUAAACGCUUCACCACAUCUAUCGUUAUCUAUUUAUUUCCAGUUUGCUUUUCUGGUAUCAGAAGUCAUGUAGCGAAAAACAGUUGAACAAUAAAGGAAAAAAACAUUUGUCUCCAUCCUGUAAA